AUGAUCAGGGAUAUGGCUGAGGCUCUCACCCAGUGGGGACAGCUGAACCCUCCACAGGGAGAUGUGCCUGAGAAGCAUAGGAAUCUGGUCUUGCUGGGGCUUCCAAUUUCCAAGCCUGAUGUAAUCUCUCAGUUGGAGUCUGGGGAGAAGCUGGAGAGAGAAGCCUCAAAAGGCCCUAAUCCAGACUGGGAGAUAAAACCAGAAGGCAAGGAGUUAACUCGAGAACAGGAUGUUUCUGAAGAAAAGUCAUCCCCUGGGGUGUUAACUGAAAGAUUUCCAAAGGAAGGUGACAGUGGAUGUGAGGAUUCUCUUGAGAGUCAUCAGGAAAACCACGAGAAACAUUUAAUACAAGAAGUUGUCAGUCAGAAGAAAUCUGGAGAGAGAAGUUACCAGUGUGAUGAAUUUGGAAGAAAUUUUUGCCGGAGGUCAUUACCUGUUCAACAGCAAGGAGAAAGACUACGUAACUGUGAUUUGUUGAAAAAGAGCCUAAAACAAAAUUCAGAUCUAAUGAGGCAUAAGAGAAUUUGUGCAGGGAAAAAACCCUGGAAGUGUAAUGAGUGUGAGAAAGCCUUUAGUUACUACUCAGCUUUUGUUUUGCAUCAGAGAAUUCACACAGGAGAAAAGCCCUAUGAGUGUAAUGAGUGUGGCAAAGCUUUUAGCCAGAGCAUACACCUUACUCUCCACCAGAGGAUUCAUACCGGAGAAAAGCCCUACAAAUGUCACGAAUGUGGGAAAGCCUUUAGUCACCGCUCAGCCCUUAUUCGGCAUCACAUAAUUCACACUGGAGAGAAACCCUAUGAAUGCAAUGAAUGUGGGAAAGCCUUUAAUCAGAGCUCAUAUCUCACUCAACAUCAGCGAAUUCACACUGGGGAGAAACCUUAUGAGUGUAAUGAAUGUGGGAAGGCCUUUAGCCAAAGCACAUUUCUUACCCAGCAUCAGGUUAUUCACACUGGAGAGAAACCCUAUAAGUGUAAUGAAUGUGGAAAAGCUUUUAGUGAUCGUUCAGGUCUCAUCCAGCACCAGAGAACUCAUACUGGGGAAAGGCCUUAUGAGUGUAAUGAAUGUGGGAAAGCCUUUGGCUACUGUUCAGCCCUGACUCAACAUCAGAGAACUCACACAGGGGAGAAACCCUAUAAAUGCAAUGAUUGUGCCAAAGCCUUCAGUGACCGCUCAGCCCUCAUCCGUCACCAAAGAACACAUACUGGAGAGAAACCUUACAAGUGUAAUGAUUGUGGGAAAGCCUUCAGCCAGAGCUCAUCUCUCACAAAGCAUCAGAAAACUCACACUGGAGAAAAACCUUAUAUGUGUAAAGAAUGUGGAAAAGCCUUCAGCCAGAGUUCAUCCCUUUCUCAACAUCAGAAAACUCAUGCAGAAGGGAAAACCAAAGAAUAUGGAAAAGUUUUUAGUGAGCAUUCAGAAUUUGGCCAGCAAAAUAGAAUUCAUAAUGGUUAA